AUGCAUGAUGAUCUGAAUGAAUUAAUCAGUGAUGAUGAAGAGGAGGAUCAUGUCCCUUCCGCUGAGGAUGGGAUUGCUUUUGACGCCAAUACCCAGAGAUCAUCCUAUAAAUGGCGAAGAAAUGAUACGCCUACGGAGCAACACGAAGACCUAGGAGCAGAGAAAGAAAGUGAAGAUAGAGACGAAGAACAAGAUGAAGAUGACGACCUUCCCAUUGGUCCAGCAAUGCUUGAAGAAAGAAGUACUCAGCGUGAGCCAUCAAAGAGGCGUCGGAUACGCUCGAGACUUUUAGAUGGAUAUGAGGUUGAUAUGUAG